ACCAAGCCACGGGAAAACCCGCUUGUUGUCUGGGUUAAACACCCACAGCACUCGGAUGCUGUGAAAGUUUACGUCCCGCAAAACGCUGACGUGCACGACGUAAAAAAGUAUGUACGCCAAGAACUCGCACCUGCACUUGACAAGGAAGGCUUGGGCAAGGUGUUGUUGUUGAGUCAAACACGUGGAAAGUUGGCUCCUGAUACUCCAAUUAAGAAUAUAUUGGAUAAACAGGAGCAGCUUAUCGUUUUCGUGGAUAAUAUAGAUUCGAGAUUACAUCUUAAAAUGCUCACCACCGAGCAAGUUCCUUUACAAGUGAAUGCGCCACUAUGUCUAAAGUCAGAUGAAGCGUAUAUUGUUCUCGCAAAGAUACUUUUGAGUAUGAAUUCUGCAAAAGAUAUCAUUGCUUUUAAGGAAAGUUUGUGCGAUUCGAGCAUUGAAAGUUGGAGUUCGCGUUAUUCUUAUACAUUCAAAGACGGCCG